AUGCUUGGAAGAAGUACUACGAUAAACCGCGUCGCCAAUUCCUCAGAAACACCUUAUCGCUCGUCGCCCGUGCAUCAUUCAAUAGCGCAACCACAUAAUUAUUAUCAUUCAUCGUCCACCACCGUCGAUUCCAGAGACGCCGCCUCUCCAACCUCUUCAACAAUCACACCCUCAGCUCCCUCUUCAGUUGCAUCGCAUACACCCCCAUAUUCAUCUUCAUUGCCGCUGUCGCAUGAUGUGCCAGCAUACGUACAGUCUAUACCCCAUCAACCGUACAACAGUAACUACCACCGUCCCUACCGACAGUCCCCUGACGCUUCGUCCACCACGAUGACCCCAGCAUCCUCCCAAGAAGUCGGCAAUGCUGGUUCCAUGAUGCCAACAGCAAAUCCGCGAUAUUACCCUACAGACUAUCAAGCGCCUCCCUCUGGUGCGCCCCCCGCUGGCCACGCAGGCUCAAUACACAUGCCCGGAACAUCGAACAUACCCUCUCCUUCGUCACCACAGCUACAUCACACACACGCAUCAACAAGAUCAUUGGGAAGCUCCGAGCCGCCUUCCCCAAGUCGAAUCAAAGUCCGCUCUCUGUCGCAUAUCCAGAGCUUUGCUAGCGAAGAAUUUCUAGAGCAGUCCCAGCAGGCAAGGAGAGCAGCCGGGCGGGGGGCGGCUGAGAUCACCCGCCAGUAUGAAAUCAGCUCGAUGCCAGUAGCGGACAUAAUUGAAAUGGUGGCAGGCUUAUUGGCUAAGAUCACCGCAACGAAUGACAUGCAGCAUGAACAUAUCCAUCGCCAUAUCCCUCCUCCCGACGGCACAGCCAACCUCAGUGCGCAAGCCAGCAGCGUGCUUGCGUUUCAUGGCAAAAAUGUACCUUCAAUCACGAUUCUCAACUAUCUUGCGCGCAUACACAAAUAUUGUCCCACAACUUACGAAGUCUUUCUCAGCUUGCUGGUCUAUUUUGAUCGGAUGACGGAGAUGGUGAACAGUCGACCUAUCCAUCGUAAGCGAAACAGGCUAAGAUCAACAUCGACGCGAGCUCAUUCCACAUCCACCAUGACCCAUGGACCAUCGCUCAGUGGCUACCCAUCAGUAGUCACGCCUCCAUCUUCGAGCGGUAUUACAGCACAAGAUCUGAAAUCGUCAGCGACCCCCAUCCCGUCUUCCUUAAAUUUGGAUGAGGACGAGGAGGACGAGUUUGCCAACUUUUUCGUUGUUGAUAGUUUCAACAUUCAUCGACUGGUUAUUGCUGGUGUCACUUGUGCUAGUAAAUUCUUUUCCGACGUUUUCUAUACCAACUCCCGCUAUGCCAAGGUUGGAGGGCUUCCUCUUGUCGAACUUAACCAUCUUGAACUUCAAUUUCUUCUCCUCAACGAUUUUAGGCUGGCUGUACCCGUCGAAGAGCUCGAAGCAUACGGGACGAUGUUGGUUGAGUUUUAUGCACGAGAAGUGAUUGCUCAACAACAGCAGCAACAGCAACCUGUCCAAGCCAAUAUACCUAACACGAUUAAUUAUCCAAGUCGCGAACACCAUCGCCAACACCACCACCACCGUCGCGAUGGGUCCGAAUACGGUCAGGCACCAACACCACCACGAACAUAA